GAGAGGUCAAGUGACCUUGCUUGCAGCUAAAUUUAACCUCGCUUACCGUCCAGCUUCAACGGCGCAAACGAGGCUCCCGGGCGGGGACGCGCCGCGACGUAUGGCGCUCGCUUUGGCCGACGGCUCGGUCGGCGCCAUGAAGGACUUGUGGGAAGCCAAGAUCCAGAAAAUCCAGGAGCGGCGGGGGAAACAGAGGAGGAAGGCGCACGGCAGGUCGGCUGCGGCGGGCGUCUGGGAAGAGCGCCACGCGCUGACUCGCCUGCGAGAAAAAGUCAAGAGCCAAGACGGCCGGCUGCUUCUGUGCCUGGAGCGCGAGGAGUGGAAGGCGCUGCCGGGCUGCCUGCUGCAACUGAGUCAGGUCCACGAGUGGCACAUCCACCGGACCGGACUGCAAAAGAUCCCCGGCUUCAUCGGCUCCUUCGGCAAUCUCCUGGUGCUGGACUUGUCGCGCAACGCCGUGACCGAGAUCCCCAAAGAAAUCGGCGGCCUGACGCAACUCCGGGAGCUUUUGCUCAGCUACAACAGAAUCCGCUCGGUUCCGGAGGAGCUCGGAGACUGCCGCAGUCUGGAGAGGCUGGAGCUCGCCGUCAACCGCGACCUGGACCGCCUCCCGGACCAGCUGAGCCGGCUGCGGCGUCUGGAUCGCCUGGACUUGUCCAUGAACGCCUUCGAGGGCUUGCCGCCUUGCCUGCUGCGCAUGCCGGCGCUGGAGUGGCUGGACAUGGCGGGCAACCGCCUGCGCCGCCUGCCCCGAGACAUCCACAGAUAGGUUGCGAUGGAGAAGCUGCGCGCGCUCUGGCUGCAGAGGAACCGGCUGGAGAGCCUUCCGGAGAGCCUCGGGAGGAUGUCCCGCCUGGACACGCUGGUCCUGAGCGGCAACCGGCUGAGCCACAUCCCCCCGCUCAUGGAGGGCAUGGCCAACCUCAGGUUCGUCAACUUCCGGGACAACCCGCUGACGCUGGAGGUCACGGCCGGCGACCCCGACGACAUCGACGACGACGACCGAGAGAUGUUCGGACGAGACUUCAUGCUGGCGUACAUCCGGGAGGCCCGCGAGAGAGCGCCGGGCGCCGCGCAAGGGCGGGCCGCCCCCGCUUACGAGGGCGGGCCGGGCGUGGCCGUCAACAGAACGUUCUCCGGGGUCACCCCGGCGCCGACGUAACGCGUCAGCCGCGCGCCGAAACCCUCGGCGCGCAGGAACUCCACCCUGCCGGCGUCCAGCAGCAGCUUGCAGCGCCUCCCGAUCCGCUGGCGCUCCGACGGCGACGGGAGCCCGUCGUGGCUUUUGGGGCAAAUAAAGGCACGUGAGCAAAA